CCAAACCACAACAGAUCCAUUCUAUAACAGUCCGCCAUCUCUCUACCAAACCCUUCCCUCCGCCAUGUUCGGGAACAAUGCUUUCGGGGCUCUGGCGAUGGACAACGAUGCCUCCAAUGCUGCCGGACCAAGCUCCCAAGUCAUCGAAGGAGAAGAGCUCGACGUUUCAUGGUUGAAGCUUGUCAAAAGGAAUGGAGGUGUGGAUGUACGAGUCUCCGAAAAGAUUGAAUUGGAAGGACUGCCGAAUGAGUGCAAUUUGAUGACGGUGGUGAACAAGUGGGGUCUCCUCAUUGUUGGGAGUAACAGUGAUAUUCGGAUACACCGUUUGGUAGACGUACACAAGGCCAUCAAUGAGGCGCCUCCUGGAGGGAAAACCCUGCCGGAAAUUGCACCAGCGCAGACAGUGUCCCUGCCGGCUAGGCCUGUAUGGAUCAGGUCGGCGAUGAACGAGGAGCGAGUGGUCGUCGCUACAGCGAACGGCGCCGGGAUAUUUGUAUGGAAUCUGAAAGAUAUCAUUGCGGGCAGCACCAACCCUCUCCAUUCGUUCUCCACCAAUAUCCCCAGUCACCUGCUUAAUGUGCUUCCGAACCCAUCUUCGGACUCUUUAGGGCGUUUAGUGGCGUUGGUGGCCAACGAGGGUCUUGUGAUGGCGGACAUUGAAGAAGGAAAGCUCAUGCCACCAGUGGCGGGGCCCUUUUCAUCUGCAUGCUGGUCGCAGAAGGGCAAGCAAAUACUAGUUGGCAAGCCUUCCGGUGAACUGGUCCAAUACACUCCCGAUGGAGUCGCCAAAGCCGAGAUUCCCCAUCCCCCCAAUCUUAAUCACCGCCCUUCAUCUAUACAAUGGCUGGAGAACGACCUUGUGCUGGUCACCUACGUGCAGAAUGCCCAAAACAUGGACAGUGACCCAAUCGAACAAUACAUUGUCAGCCGCAAGAACGGGUCACACUCGUUUGUCAAAUUCUUUGACCCUCUGAAUAACAUGGGUUUCCCUGCAAGGUCAGAGGAUUUCAGGCAUUAUGCGGGGCUUGCUGCAUGGGGUUCAGAAUCAAAGCACUUGGCGUUCCUCAUUUCCGGGGCUGCGCCUGAUAUUGCGGUGAUGAACGGCCAUCCUCCAUCAGGCAACGUGCCCCCUCAAUGGGAAGUACUAUUCCUUGACGGGUCAGAGAGAGGUACGAUGCCAGUAGCCAAAGCUGGCCGCGACAACACCUCCCCUCUGGCGCUCGGAUUCGACUUUACCAGCCAAGAGCCAGUACAGCAAAGUACUGACGGUACCCUUCCCGAUCUUGCCCCAGUUCCAAGGCUCCUCACGUUCAGCCAGGAAGGUGUCAUUAUCUCUUUUGAUGUUCUGAACCCCGACGCUGGACCAUACCCUGGUAUGAUUACUCCUCAAGAUAUCCUCUCUGGCGGCUCAGCAGCCGCGCCCUCACCUGCCCCUGCUGCUACGCCCGCCUCAUCCACCCCGAAAUCCGCUUUCGGUGCAUCCUCCGGGUCAGCGUUUGGGCAAUCUGGUUUCGGUGCGGCCAAGCCUGCAGCCUUCGGUUCUUCUACCUUUGGUUCUUCGCCCGCUUUCGGCCAGAGCUCAAAGCCUGCCAGCACCGCUGCGCCCAACGCUGGCUCUGCAUUCGGUCAAUCGGCGUUCGGCACGGUCAAACCCUCUGGUUUCGGCACAUCUGCCUUCGGACAGAACCCUACGCCCAACGCUUCGGGCGCAUCAACGCCCUCAGGUGGAGCAUCAGCAUUUGGAAGUGCGCCGGCGUUCGGCAAUGCGGCCCAGCCAGCUGCAUCCGGACAAUCAGCAUUCGGGCAAGCUGCUAAACCCUCCGCUUCUGGUUCCGCCACCCCAUCUGCUUUCGGGCAGAGCUCCACCCCCGCCUUUGGUCAGUCUGCGUUCGGUCAGUCUGCGUUCGGUCAAUCGGCGUUCGGGCAGUCUAGCAAACCUGCUAGCCCCGCGCCAUCUGCAUUCGGGUCCUCCCCAUCUGCUUUCGGUCAAGCAAACAAGCCCGCUUCUCCUGCCCCAUCUUUCUCCUCACAAACUUCAGCCUUCGGUUCCUCUGCCACCCAAGCCCCAGCUUUCAGCGGUUUCGGAAAAUCCGGAACCCCUAGUACUGCUUCCCCAGCUUUUGGCCAGUCCGCUCUUGGGCAGAAACCUGCGACAGGAACUGGGUCUGCUUUCGGAGCUGGUGGCGGCUUUGGACAGAGCGCUUUUGGUCAAAAGUCGGCGUUUGGGGCUGGGAACGGGAGUGCAUUUGGUCAGAGCGCGUUCGGCAAGCCUGCGUCUUCUCCUUCCAUUGGGGCGCCUAAACCGGUAUCGGCAUUUGCAGGCUUCGGUCAAACCAAGACUGAAACGCCCAAGGCUCCUUCCCCAGCGCUCUCGCAAAAGUCCAACAAAGACGACUUUGGGCUCGGCGGGUUUGCUUCGGCUUUGGAAUCUUCUAAAUCACCCGCGUCCGUCCCCGGGCUGGGAGAGUCACCACCUGCUUCUCCUGUGGGAGGAUCAAGCAAGAAACCCGCAGGUUUGGAGGAUGACACGCCCCCAAACUCUCCCCCUGUUAAGCCGGCCGCUCCAGCGCCCAAUGCUUUCGUUGCCCCUUCAUCCUCUUCGUCAGGCUUCUUUAAGCCCGCUACAGCCUUCGGGAACUCUGCCCCGUCAUUCGGGUUCAAUGCCACGGAGAAGAAACCUACAGGCCCCACCGCUUUCGGCUCAGGCUUUGCACCCGCUGGGUCGACUUCAUCCACCCCCUCAACGGGCAGUGCAUUCGGCAAACCAUCUGCUAUCGGUGGCGGUACAGCAUUUGGACAACAGUCUGCUAUCGGAAGCGGCUCUGCCUUUGGGGCCAGCGGCUUUGGCCAGAGCAAGCCCGCCAGUCCUGCUCCCUCAGCCUCUGGAUCCAUCACGGGCGGCUUUGGCGGGUUUGCUGCUAGUAAAGAGACGAAAGGCUUUGGUGGCUUCGCCAGCAAGGGCCCGUCUCUAUUUGGCCAGAAGAAGGAUGACGAGCAGAAGGGGAAUUCGGCCUUCAGCAAGCCUUCGUCGCCGUUUGGGACUCCAAAGAGUACUUCGGCGUUUGGUGCCGGAUCGCCGUUCGAUACGGGCAAGACGGACAGUGGGUCACUCUUUGGGAAACCUACACAGACUUCAGCCUUCACUUCCAAAUCUGCCCCGCCUGUAGAAGAAAAGAAGGACGAUAUCAAGGAAGAGGCCAAUCUGAUCAAGGAGAAGCAAGAGAAGAAGCAAGAGGAGAAACCGCCUGCUAAAGAGGACAGCAAGGUAGAGGGUGAGAAGCAAGGGGAGGACAAGCUGGAGAAGGAGAAGCAGGAGAAGGAGCGGGAUGAAGAAGUGGAAGGCUUUGAUGUGCCUGCUCCCCAGCCAGUCGAGGCAGAAUCACCACCCCCUGCGUCCGCGGAAACUCUCUCUACCCCUGCCAAGGAGACCACUACCCCGCCCGAUACUCCCGCCAAGGACGAAGAAGCAUCCAACGCAUCUGCUCCCGAGCCAACCAAAUCUACUUCGCCCGAGAUCCCGGUCAAAGAUGAAGAAGAGUCAACCACACCCAUCACUCUUGUCUCUGAACCUAGUGAACCGGAAACCAAGUCCGAGGCUGAUGUUGGCAAGGACAAGACUGUCAAUCCUGAUGAAGUGGAGACUCUGGAUCCAGAGCUAGAAGCCGCGAGUGAUGUGUCCGCAGAGAAGGCUGCUUUAGAGUCAAGCGAGGGUGCGAGUGGAGAUGCUGUCGUCGAACUGCUGGAGGAGGCCCAAAAACAAAGAACAAAUGAUGUGAUUGAAAAUGAACACCAGGACGUCUUUGAAGGAGUAGGCAGAGAUCAGAAACCUGCCACCGCUGUAUCUGGCUCUGACGGAGACAGCACCAAGGAGGAGACGAAGGAAGAGAUCGCUGAGCCUGCAGCGGACGAACACACCGCGGACUCCCCUGAGCCUUCCAAUUCUGACCUUUCGGAAGAAGAGCAGGACGCUGAAGUGUCUGGACUCGAGGAUCAGGAGAAUCAAGAGUUUGUGGGAGAAGAGGAAGAAGUGGAUGAACAGGAAGAAGAAGAGGACGAAGAGGAAGGGGACGAAGAAGGUGAAGACGAGGACGAGGAGGACUAUUCAGAAGAUGAGGAAGAGGAGGAUCAUGAAGAGAGACAUCGCAGGAGGUCAACCUCCAUUACCCCUGAUAUGUCUCCCAUCGACGAGGAACAAGAACUUGAUGAAGGAAGCGACGCCGGAGAAGACGAAGAGGAAGAGGAUGAUGCGGAGAAGGAAAGUUCGGUCAAACCCAAACCCAGCAGUCUUAAAUCACCUCCUGCUUGGUUCGCAACCAAGAGCUCGACCUCUGCGCCGACACCCCCUGAAGAGAAUGAACCUACGUCUCCUUCCCCCUCCUCCAGUUCCUCCUUGUUCUCGCGCCUUGGUCCAGCCACCUCGACUCCUUCCGAAGAACCCAAGACUAGUCCUACCGAUGCCCCCAAACUCCCUUUAAACUUUACCAAACACGCCUCUAGGACAAGCUCACCGUUAUCUGGUCCUCCUCUGGGAUCUACAACUCCCGAGUCGUCCCCGGCCAAACCUGUUGCUGCUCCAAGCGCAUUCGUAGGGUUUGGCCAGAAGCCGACAGAUGCGUCAAAGCCCAGUGGGUUUGGUGGGUUCUUUGCUACGAAGCCAGCGGAGGGCGAGCAAAAAUCCGAGGAAGUCGAGCCAUCCUUGUUUGGCGGAUUUGGACAGAAGUCCGCAGAAGCCUCCAAACCUUCUGCAGACAAAAAGGAAUCGCAAACGUCUGCUUCCACAGCGCCGAGUAGUUUUGGUCUCUUUGGCCAACCCAAGAUAGAGCCUAUCAAGCCUCCUGCGCCUGCUGCUCCUGCUGGAUCCUUAUUUGGACAGCCUGCUACGGCUCCUGCCGCACAGCCAAAGUCUGUGUUUGGCAAUCUUGGCCUUGGGAAGCCUUCUGGUUCCUCGACGCCGUCGGCAUUCUCCGCAAAGCCAUCGAAUGAACCUCAGGUGGCCUCGCCUCAGUCUUCCCCGUUGCCAAGCUCAAAACCGGCAUCUGCACCAGCAGCCCCCAAGCCUGAGCCCAGACCGCAACCGAGCGUCCCCAAGGCUGCGGACUUUACAGACUUGAGCGCGCCCGCGCGACCAGUCUUGGCUGAACGACCGUCAAAGGUGACUCAAAGUAGCGAGAAGACAAUGGGUAGCGUGGCAGUCAAGAUCGUAGAGACCCUCGAUGAGGACCUCCUCAAACUCAAGGACGUAGUCGCCUCAAACGCCAAAUUCCACCAGGAGCUUCGACGUCGUAACGCCGGCACCGUCGAUUUCGACGCCCUCGUUGAUGUAGUGGAAAAGCAGAGGACUUUACCCUUGUCUCAGCUGUCUCAAGUACAGCGUUUGAUCGACGACCUACACCCGCGAGUCGUCAAGCAGCAGAGGAUUGACGAAGAGGCGGAAGCUAGACUUGCAGAAUUGAGGUCAAAGAUGCUGAGAGUCGAUUCAAAGGUGGCCCAAGUGGAAAGACUUUUGAAAGCAAAGAGAGGUCAGAUCUCUGGAGAGAGUCUUGAUCUCAACCCAGACCAGGCCGCGUAUCGAUUGAAGCUGCGCAAUGCAGUACAGGACACCGAGGACAAGUUGCAGGAGCUGGAAAACGCUAUCGCUUCCCUCAGACAUCGCAACGAAAAACAGGAUGAGGGACAUGCUUCUCUCCCGCCUUUGGAAAGAAUCCAAAGGUCUGUGAGGAGUGUCGAUGCUGCUAUUAGGGAACGUCAACAGGCCAUCAAUGACCUGUCCAGGCGCAUCGCAUCCUGCCAUAUCGCCUCGCCUUCCGGGAACAGGUCGCUCCUCACCUCGCGCCGAGCACUCAACUUUGAGCCGACAAAGGACAUCAUGGCCGAGGUUGACGCUGUUCUUGCUGGGCCCUCCGAGACCAAGAAGAAGAGGCUGGGCAAACUCAAGGUCGCCAAGCUCAACAAACCGGUCGUUGCUAGGGGGGAAGGGUCGUCGGGGGUCAGAGGCGCUAGCUUUACGCACGAGUCUGUGUCUGCGGGUCCCGUCAUGAUCGAUGAUUUACCCCCAGCAGGUCAUUUCUCGCCUCCGGUCUCACCAAACAUUGCUCCCGCUCCAGAGUUGAAUGCUGAAGCUGCCGACCUCUACCUGUCCACCCUCUCCUCUUCCCCCCCUCUAGCUCAACCCGUGCCUGUUCCAGCCACCUCAUCUGCCCCCACUCCAGCCGUCUCGUCCCCUUCGGCAUUUGGUGGUAUCAAGUUCAACUUGUCACCCAGCUUUGAGGGACUAUCACACGAGUCAAGUUUGAGAAGGUCAGGUGGCUCGUCAUCAGGUAACAGCUUGAGGCCCGUUGCUGUCAAGUAUGUGCCCGGCGCUGCCUCGAGUGGGACGCCGCCGCCGCCAGCUGCCGGGAUGUUUAGCUUUGCGCCAAAAGACGGAGAAAAAGUGGUGACAGAUGAGAAAAAGCUGCCUUCUGGAUUCUUCAGUUUGAAGGAUUACAUGAACAAGAAUUGAUAGGGUGGUGACAUAGUGUACGAGUAGAGUAGACCGACAUAUCGAUGUAAUGGCAUAU